AAGUGUUCCCAUUAAACCACAGAAGACCCGAGACGUGAGAAACAGAGUUGAAAAUGGGUGCAAACACGUUACCGGAGGGCUUCACGGAUUUUGACAUGUUCGCCUUCGGAUCCGCGCUGCUGAUCGGCGGUCUUCUCGGCUUCUUCCUUAAUGUCAUGUCGGCCGCUGCGUUCCUCAGAGUUCGUGAGAUGAGAACACCCGGUAACUUCUUCAUCUUUAAUCUCGCGGUCGCCGAUAUCGGUCUGAACAUCAACGGGCUGGUGGCGGCGUAUGCCAGUUAUCUGAGAUACUGGCCGUUCGGUUCAGAGGGGUGUCAGAUUCACGCCUUUCAGGGAAUGGUGUCGAUUCUGGCCGCCAUCAGUUUUCUUGGUGCAGUCGCUUGGGACAGAUACCACCAGUACUGCACGAAGCAGAAGAUGUUCUGGAGCACCGCCGGGACCAUCAGCACCAUCAUCUGGAUUCUGGCCAUAUUCUGGGCGGCCAUGCCGCUGCCUGCGAUUGGCUGGGGAGAGUUUGACUUUGAGCCAAUGAGAACGUGCUGUACCCUCGACUACACUAAAGGAGACCGGAAUUACAUCACCUACAUGUUGACCAUCACUGUCCUCUUUUUAGCUUUUCCUGUCAUGAUUUUGCAGUCGUCCUACAAUGGCAUCUACGCAUAUUUCAAAAAGACACACCGCUAUAAGUUUAAUACAGGUGUACCUCUAAAGGUGCUUUUGUUCUGCUGGGGUCCGUAUGUAAUAAUGUGCAUAUACGCCUGCUUUGAGAACGUUACUCUCGUGUCGCCAAAGCUCAGAAUGGUCCUGCCAGUCCUCGCCAAAACAUCUCCAAUAUUCCAUGCCAUCCUGUACGCGUACGGAAACGAAUUGUACGGUGAAGGACUGUGGCAGUUCCUGAUGGGACAGAAAUCAGCCGAUAGAAAGAAAUAAGAGUGAACGAGCUGCAGCGUUGAUGAUGUUUGGAGAUGAAUUGAAACGUGUUUACAUAUUAAUUGACUGAACACAUCAUGUCUGUGCCUGUCCAUAAUUUCAGUUGAAUAUUAAUUGAAGAUUAGCGUUUAUAUGUGAAGCCUUGAGGUGAGAUGCACAUCCAGCCAACAUUAGUUUAUCAGUUUUAUUUGAAUACCUGUAAUGUGUUAUCCGUCAGAAUCCAGUAUGCAUGCAUGAAUCUAUAAAAAGUGGAUUUCUGUAAGCAGUAAAUGAAGUGUUGAUAACAAAUCUUUGAUUGUUAAUCCAGAAUAAACUGUGACACAUGAGACUGUUGUGAUGAUACUGA